AUGGCUGGAAGAGGCUCAUUCCCUGCCUAUUUUGCUCCUGACUACAAUCAAAUGAAAGAUGAUUACCACAAUCCGGAGUUAAAUUCUUAUGACACUGGUCCAGGAUCGUAUUUGCAAAAUAAUCUGCCUAAAGAAGGUGCAAAUACGAAGCUGUAUGUAACAAAUAUUCCCAGCCGACUUACAGAGGAUGGACUCAUGCACAUAUUUUCCUGUGAAGGAGAAACACCAGAAAAUGUUUACAUUCAUAAGAAACAUAGCCAACAUUCAAAUUCAAAUACCUAUUGGGGUUUUGUAACAUUUAAAAGCAUAGCUGCUGCAUCUAAUGCAAUGGUUGCCAUUCAUAAACGCCCUCCUUACAAUUUUUUUGUACACUUUGCUAGAUCUAAUGAUGAUGAUAAAGCUGAUGUAAAUAAGGAUAGACUCUCAAUUGAGGAAAAAUCGUCUAUUGAUAAGUCACCAAGGGAGCAUAACAUUAUUCCUAGCUCUCGAGGUCGCGGAAAAUUGCCACCUAUGAAAGGUUUACCUCCAAGCACCUUCAGGGCAAUACCUACAAAUAAUGAACCUUAUAUAGAUGAUUUAGGAGAAGAUUACUGUCCUGGAAGAUUUUAUCAUUGUGAUAUAUCUUUCGAACAGAAUGUAUCAAAUUCUGUAUUCUCGCACUUUGCAGAUGGAGAAUAUGAUGAUGGAAAGAGGAAAAUAACAAUGGGAAGAGGAUCUUAUGUUGCUUCAAAGAAGAAACAGUCAGUUGAAGUUAGCUGUGAAGAGCUUCAAGAUAUGGAACAGAGGGUAGCUGCUUAUUUGGGAAAUAAAACCAAAAAUUUUCUGUUUGAUAAAGAUGCUUUUAUAUCUUCAGAAACAAAACUUAGUCUACCUAUGAAACCUGGCAGUUGUUCAUACUGUUCAAGGCCAGCAAUUUAUAUAUGUUCAAGAUGCAAAUGCUGGUAUUGUACAAAUUAUUGUCGGAAAAUGGAUUGGAAUGUCCACAACAAAAUCUGUGUUCCGCGUGAAUUAAAAUUUCAAGAUGGAUUUCCAGUUUACCAAACUGAAUCCGAAACUCCAUGCCCUGCAGAACAUUAUAAUAAAUGUAAAGGUCUUACUUCUAAAGGUGAUGGUAGUGAUCAUGAUCAAAGUGGCCAUGAAUUAGAUAAAACAUCCUUCUCUGAUGAAAGCUUAAAGAGUUUUGCUAGUGGCAAUAAACUAAGUCCAAAUAAUGACAAAACUAGUAGAACCAGUGGGAACAGAAGUAGACGAGGAAAACAGAAAGGAAAAUAUAAAAAUGCCCCACAACGUUCUUAUAAAAAUGUUGAAACUGAUGUCUGUAUUAAGGGACCAUCCCCUAUUUCUAAUCGAAGAAUUGCCUCAAAUUUACAAGAUGAUGAAAAGUCUUAUCAAGAUGAACCUCCAUUACCAACAAAUAUUUUUUCCAAAGUCACAGUUGGUGCAUUGGGGCAAGGUGGUGAAUUUUAUGCUUACAAAGUUGAUGAUUACAUGAAACAAGCUAACAUUAUGUCUAAAUUAGGUGAAUAUUGCAAAAGUGGGAACACAUCUUGUGCUGAAAUUAAAAUGGGUGCAAAAUGUAUAGCUCCUUUUGAAGGCGAUUGGUUCAGAGCCGAAAUAAUCAAUAUUUCAGUUGAUUCUGUCAAAGUUUUAUUUGUUGAUUUCGGUAAUGAGUCUCUCAUAAUGAAAAAGGAUUUAAAAAAGCUCCCAGAAGAUUUUGCUAGGGAACCUCCAAUGGCUUACAAAUUUGUGUUAGCUGAUUCCACUAGCAAUCCAACAUUAGAGAUAGAUAUGACAUUAGCUCUCAAACCUGUUUCACAAGAUAUGCAUGGUGGAUGGAUAGCACAAGUUGAGGGUGUGAAGUAUCCUGAAAACUAUGAAAAGGUGACCAUUUCGGUCACAGAGAGUAAAGAUGUCUAUUGGGUUCAUAAAAAUGAAAAACUUUUUAAACUGGUCGAUAUGGCCCUUAAUCUUGGUGAAUGUAAAACUCUUGAUGUUAUCGAACCUUUGCUUGGAGAAACUUAUGUACACUUCUUUAACAAAUCAUGGUGUCGUGGAAAAGUAAUUUCUGAAAAUCCAUUAAAAAUAAAAUAUAUUGAUUUUGGUAACCAAAGAUUGGUUGAAAAACAUGAAUUACAUCCUUUACCAAACAAAUACAAGAAUGUUCCACCUUUGGCUUUUAAAAUAAAAUUAAUUGAAGGAACAUCGGCAGAUUACCAUUAUCUUAAACCUUUAUCUGUACUGACCAUUAAUGAAGUUAAAAAGUUGGAAGAUGGCACCACUGUUUGUAGCAUUUCAAGUACAGAUUGCUUAACCAACAAACAAAUCUCACACUUCCUUUCUUUGCUUCAAAAUAAUGACUCUGCUACACUUGUGAUUGGAAAAAUUAUGAAUGAAGAAUUUCUUACUGGAUCAAUAAUAGUCAGUGGUCAGAUCCCUGUUUAUCAAGAAAUUUCAAAAAUAAUCGGGGAGGAAGUAGUUCCAGACAGUAAUAUGAACUUAAUUCCUGGAAAGAUGCUCGCAGCAAAAUGGAAAAAUAAUUGGUAUAGAGGAUAUUUAAUGAUUGUGCGAGAUAGAAAUCCAGUGGUAGCUCUGGUAGACAAAGGUAUUGUUAUCAUACCAGAUCAUGUAGCAGAAUUACCUAAAAAAGUUAUCAACAUUCCUGACUGUGGUGUUAGAGUCAUUUUUGAAAAACCUAUUCUUAACAAGAAUAUGGCUGGUGAAACUGUUAGUAUUAAAAAUGUUAGCUAUGAUCAUGAGAAUAAUCAUGUACAUGGGGAAAUUGAAGAUUUUGGAAAGGUAAUUAUAUUACCCUGGGUACCUGCAUUUGAAGAUGCUGGUCUUGAUUGUAUUAAGAUAUCAUCUGGAUCGAAAGUUCAGAUUUCAGCUUACCACUCACCAUCGGCUAUUUAUGUUCAAUCUUGUGAUCCAGCCAAUAAGACAAUUUGUAGUGAGAUUUUACAAGAUGUUGCAUCAUAUACAAAAGGCCAACCUUUAAAAAGGAAUCCAUUACUGGGUGAAUUUUUGGCAUGCCGGUAUAUUGAAGAUGGUUAUUAUUACCGAGCACAAGUAUUUCAAAAAGAAGGCGACAAGUACAAAGUAAAUUUUGUUGAUUACGGCAAUACAGAACUAGUUAGUCUGUCUGAUAUGAAGCAACUGCCAGAUCACUUGAAAAGGGUUCCAUGUUGUGCUGUUAAAGUAGGCCUCAAAAAUGUUCCGAAUAUUGCAUUUAAUACACAGUGUAUGAAAUUUCUAAAUGAACUUGCUGCUAAUAUGAUAGAAAUGUUUAUAACCUAUGAAAAAGACUUGCGGGAGGUAACACUUGAGCUGAGGGAGGGAGAUAAUGUAAAUAAAGUUUUAUUUAACUUGUUAGAACCUAGCUGGACCAAGCCAGGUUUCAAUCCUUUGCGUACUCACAUUUUCAUGGGAAGUGAAAUAAAAUAUGAAGUAUGGAAUGAGAGAAGUAAGUUUGAGGUUGUCGUUGCGUCUGUCAUAAGACAUGAUACUGUUCUGGCAUUGCGUCCUGGGUCAGGGCUUCUUAAUCAUGUUGAGCGAACACUCACUCCUAUGAUCACAGAAUAUUGUGAGUCAAAGCCAAAUGAACCAUAUAAUCCCCGAAGGUCAGAAUUGUGUUUGGCUAAAUUUCAUGAGGAUGGAAAAUGGUAUAGAGCUUUAUGCCUUAAAUCUUAUCAGCAUAAUGCAGCUGAAGUAUUUUAUUUUGAUUAUGGGAACUCUGGUGAAGUAUUGCACAGAUGCAUCCGCAAAAUGGUACCAGAAUUUAUGGAAGCACCAGCUGUCCUAAAGUGCUGUGAAAUUUAUGGUCUCUCAGAGAAAGUGCCAGAACCUCAAGCUUCUAAACUUAAGGAAUAUUUAACUACUUUGAGGACAGAAGUUGAAGUUAUUGAAGAUGAAGGGAGUGGAAAUAGUGUUCUAAGAAUCCCGGCAGUGGAAAAUUACGCCUCUCAGCUGGGUAUUCAAAUAAAAUAUCCAAAAUCUGUUAAAAAUAUUUUAUUGAAUUAA